UAGACGCAGCGUCGCGAGGCGCAGCACGUGUUGACGCGAGUGACCCAUAGCCGCCAAGAUUAUUCCGAAAGCAAGUUCUCCCGGUCGGGAGAUGAAGUGUGAGGAGGGCGAGAGCGCGCGCUCGCCGCCGCCUCUACUGCCGCCGGCUUCGCUGCUGGCCUGGAGUCCGAUUUUAUUGCCACCAUGGGGUCCAGCAUUCCUACCAGCUUUGUACCCGGCGGCUUUUCGAUCCGCAUUCCCCGGGCUCCUGGAUAGUAUGAAGAUGCCGGGCCAGAGGCCUGGGUUCCAGAUCUCGGACAUUCUGGGUUUGAACGAGGGCAAGGGUUUGGAAGCCGCGCCUGCUCAGGGCGGCGUUGGAGGCUGUUCGUUGGAGCUACCUCCGUAUGCGCCGCCGCAUCAUCCGUACUCUCAUGAGCUGCUGCGGCAUCACCAGCCUUGGCUGUCAAUGGACCACCAUGAAGGGAAUGGUGCUUUGGGUCAGCAAGCUAGUCCGGACAGCACAUCCCGCGCUUCCGAGCUCUCUUACGUGGGCCCGUCGGCCGCGUCCCCGCCCGUCAACGACCCGCGCCACGAGCACGAGCACGAGCACGAACACGACGACCACGACAUCGAGCAUGAAGACGACCCCGAGCACGACCAGCCACCCAGCACCGUCACCGAUCCCUCCCUUGCCCAUAAAAAGCGCAAGCGACGCGUGCUCUUCUCUAAAGCACAAACUUACGAACUAGAGAGGCGCUUUCGUCAACAAAGAUAUCUCUCCGCCCCUGAAAGGGAACACCUCGCCAGUCUGAUUCGAUUGACACCUACUCAAGUCAAGAUAUGGUUCCAGAACCACAGGUACAAGACCAAGCGUGCUGUCCAGGAGAAAGGAGCUCAUGAUUUGAAUGUCGGUGGCUUGAACUCUCCAAGGCGGGUGGCUGUUCCUGUGUUGGUAAAAGAUGGCAGACCUUGUGUUGGAAAGCCUGAUGGGCUACCACCGCUAGGCAUGGCCUUACCACCAUAUCAUCAGGCCAUGCACCACCAGCCCCCAGUAUCGAGUCACGGACCACAACCUAAUGGUUGGUGGUAGGAACGUUUACCUGUUCCUGAACUGUACUAGUCCAUAUAUCGCGGUUUAUUCACAAAAUUCUUACCAAUUGAGAUUUUGUAAACUAACUGCGGUUUUUAAAUUAAGCAGAGCAAGUAAUUUGGUACUAGUAGUGUAGAUGUAUAGGUUUGAAAUUAUUGCGCGUUGUUGUAAUGAGAAAACAACACGAAUACUUGUGUGGUAUCCAAAUUGCUUACUCUAUCGGGAGUUCCUAUUGAUGAAUUGGCGAGAAAAGUAAAUUAUUUUGGUGUCUAUGUAAGUAGUGUUUUAGCUACGUUAAAGCAUUGAUUGAUUUUAUUAAUGUCCAGUGAUGAAAAAUGCAUUCCAUCUGUAUUCACGUUUUGUAUAUUUCUGUAUAAAGUAUCUGAAAUUUUAAAUUAGCUAAGUAACAUUUAUGAGAAAUGACCAGAUUUUAUCAGAAUGCAAUAUCUAGUUGUUAAGAUUCAGUAUUAUCAUAUUCGAAUAUGCUUAGUGAAUAGUUAUUUAUGUAUAUUCAAGAUGACUUUUAUAUUAAUAUACGUACCUAUUGCGUAGUGUAGCGAUAAAUGUAUAUUGUGUACAUAAUUGAUUUGUGUGGUUAGUUACCUACCAUGGGAAGUAUUAUCAGUAAAAUAUUAUUUGUAUACUUGUUUACAUAAAUUUAUGUCUAAAAUAAAUAGUUUGAAACACACAUUCCGUAAAAUAAACAGUAGACACAAUAGACAGUACUUAAGAAAAAACAUUUUAUACAUAAUUAAUAUAGAUAUCUACCAGUGUAAGAUUGUAAAAACUUAUAAAUUAUUA